ACAACUAAAAUGGAGGAGUUUUUUUAUUCAAACUCUCCAUUGGAUGAGCUCAAAAGGCAGUGUAUCUUCCAUUGCUCUGUCCAUUUCAAAGAGAUGGAUUUUGUUCUUACUAUCAUAUUCAUCUUUUUUUACUUCCUGUUGCUUGUUGAUCAUUCUUCUUCAUAUCCUUUGUGUACUAAUUCAAGAGCUCCUUUUUCGCCAAAGACCCCUCUUACUUUCUGUCAAUACAAUGGAAGUGCUUGUUGCAACUCUACAGAAGAUCAACAAUUGAAAAACAGUUUCAAAGCUAUGAAUGUCUCUGAGCUUGGUUGUGCUUCUCUUAUCAAAUCAAUACUUUGCGCAAGAUGUGAUCAGUUUUCCUCAGAGCUUUAUAGAGUUGAAUCAGCACCAAGGGCUGUCCCAAUUCUUUGCAAUUCAACUAUUUCGCCGAACUCAACCCAGUCCCAAAAUGCUGCAAAUGAUUUUUGUUCAAAGGUUUGGGAUGAAUGCCAAAAUGCGUCUAUAUCAGGUUCUCCUUUUGCUCCACAAGGCAGAGGUGGAACACUAGCUAAUUCUACUUCCAAGCUUACUGAUUUAUGGCAGUCGAAAAGUGAUUUCUGCAAUGAAUUUGGUGGAGCCUCUGAAGAUGAACUUGUAUGUUUUAAUGGUGGACCGGUUUCACUAAACAACUCUGGAACUUUGAGUCCCCCUAAUGGAGUUUGCCUGGAGAAAAUUGGUUCUGGUGCAUACAUUAAUAUGGUGGCUCAUCCUGAUGGUUCAAACCGAGUUAUUUUUUCAAGCCAGGAAGGUAAAAUAUGGCUGGCAAAUGUUCCAGAGCAGGACUCAGGAAAAACACUGAUACUUGAUGAAUCAAAUCCAUUUCUAGAUUUUACUGAUGAAGUGCAUUCUGAUAUUGAGCUUGGCAUGAUGGGAAUAGCCUUCCAUCCUAAAUUCCAGAGCAACGGGCGCUUCUUCGCCUCUUUUAACUGUGAUAAAGUUAAAUGGCCUGAAUGUUCUGGAAGAUGUUCAUGUAACACUGAUGUGGGGUGUGAUCCUUCAAAACUAGAACCUGAUAAUGGAGCAUUGCCAUGCCAAUAUCACAGUGUCAUAGCAGAGUUCACAGCUAAUGGUACCACAUCAGAACCUUCGACGGUUACAAGUGUGAAGCCACAGGAAGUCAGAAGAAUCUUCACAAUGGGCCUGCCCUUUACAUCUCAUCAUGGUGGUCAAAUUCUCUUUGGUCCUGAAGAUGGGUAUUUAUACUUCAUGAUGGGAGAUGGGGGAGGAAUAGGUGAUCCGUACAAUUUUUCACAAAACAAGAAGUCAUUGCUUGGAAAGAUAAUGAGACUAGACGUUGAUAACAUACCAAGUGCAAAACAGGUUAGUGACCUUGGUCUAUGGGGAAAUUACUCUGUCCCUGUAGAUAAUCCAUUUGCUGAAGAUAAAGAAUUGCAGCCUGAAAUUUGGGCAUUAGGAUUCAGAAAUCCUUGGAGAUGUAGUUUUGAUGCUAAAAGGCCUUCCUACUUUCUUUGUGCAGAUGUUGGUCAGGAUGAAUAUGAAGAAGUGGAUAUAGUGACAAAGGGUGGAAACUAUGGAUGGAGAGUUUAUGAAGGACUCUUUUUGUACAAUCCCCCAAGAUCUCCAGGAGGCAAUACAUCAGCCAGCUCCAUAAACCCCAUCUUUCCAGUAAUGGGAUACAACCACUCUCAAGUAAACAACUCAGUAGGCUCUGCAUCCAUCACUGGCGGCUAUUUCUAUCGCUCCACGACCGAUCCUUGCUUGUAUGGAAGGUAUCUUUACACAGAUUUGUAUGCUAGUGCCAUAUGGGCAGGCAUAGAAAAACCUGAAAACAGUGGAAACUUCACUAGUGAUAAGAUUCCUGUAAGUUGUGCUGUUGAUUCUCCAUUGCAAUGCAAUUCUGAAGCUGGAAGCUCUUUCCCUUCACUGGGUUAUAUAACCUCUUUUGGGCAAGAUAACAGAAGGGAUAUCUUUCUUUUAGGCAGUAAUGGUGUUUUUCGAGUUGUUCGGCCAAGCCGCUGCAACUACACUUGCUCUAAGGAGAAUGUGACCGCAGCUUUCACUCCUCCAGGAUCUGCUCCUUCUCCUAAUUCUCCUUCUCAUUCAGCUGCUGCAAGAAUAUGGCUGACCACAACACUAAUGGAGCUGCUUCUGAUAUUGUUUCUCUCCUCUUCAUUGUUGGUUUUCUUAUAAGUUUUUCUUGAAAUGUACAAUAAUCGGAUUUAAUUUGUUCGCUAAAGCUCUAUCAAUUAAAGUGUUGAUUAAUCUAGUGCAUAAAAAAAUUAAUCUUCCUUUAUUUGAUUGAAUAAGUAUUGAAUUAAGCAAAACAAAAUUCGACUGUAGGCCUUCAACCCAAAAAAGAAAAGACUUAGAUGCGAAGUUCAUGUUACCUUAUUUGUAUACUUAAAACAAGUUUCUUGUAAAUUAUUGCUC